CAAACUUUUUCAUGCAAAGCUCAUGUAGCUUUCGAUUUUUUUUCUUUUAAUGUUCGUUAUAAAUUUUAGUUCUUGUGUUGAUCAAUUAUAUAUUUACUGGUUGAAAUAAUUUGACACGAAGAACUUUCCUAUGCUUACUCGUCGUCACCUUCUUCUUUUUCUUAUGAUUUGUAUGGCUACAGGUGGUAGAUGUUGGAUCAAAGAGACAAUACAGGAAGUGACUAAUUGUUUGUCACGUCAAGGAUGCACACCUUCAUAUUGUUGUGAUAAAAAUAACAAUAAUAAAGAUCAAUGUAGUAUGUGUUUUAAAUCAAUUUCAGAAUGUAAAAAAGUAUGUUGAUUGCAAGAUUUUAAUUGAUGAGAUUUCAACAAUAAAU